GGGUGCACGCUCCUUGUCAUCCCUAGCCGCACCCCUCCAUUCUUAUAAUAACUUGUUCCCGAACAGAGCCGCUGACUGAUAUCCAGUGAAGUUGACUGAUUCAAACAACUGGGCUUAGCGAGUUUGCAGCUGGGCACUCUCAAUUACAGUUGUGAAGAAUUUUGCAUUUUUGGGGAUGGAUUCACAAAUCGUAGUGCAUAAUGGUGGAUGCCAUUGUGGAAAAGUGAGAUGGCGAGUCCAAGCACCAAGUAGUGUUGUAGCUUGGAAGUGCAAUUGUUCUGAUUGUUCAAUGAGGGGCAACAUUCACUUCAUUAUCCCAUCUCAAACGUUUGAGCUUUUGGGAGAUUCCAAAGAGUACAUUACAACCUACACUUUUGGUACACACACCGCGAAGCAUACAUUCUGUAAACUCUGUGGUAUAACCUCGUUUUAUAUUCCUCGAUCAAAUCCAGAUGGAGUUGCAGUUACAUUUAGAUGUGUGGAUCCAGGAACACUUACUCAUGUUGAAAUUAGGCAGUAUGAUGGUAAAAACUGGGAAAGCUCAUACAAUCAAACAUGUAUAGCUGCAUGUUCAAAGGCACCGGAACAAGGGAUGUCACCAUCAUGAUUAAAGUUAUGAUAUAGUCACUUACAGUUACAAUUGUGAAGAAUUGUGCAUUUUUGGGAUGGAUUCACAAAUUAUAGUGCAACAUGGUGCUGCCAUUGUGGAAAAGAGAGAUGGCGAGUCAAAGCACCAAGUAGUGUCGUAGCUUGGAAGUGCAAUUCUUUGGAUUGUUCAAUGAGAGGCAACAUUUGUUGGGGAAAAAAUUAUGCAAAAUCCCCAAUAAGUCAGAUGUAUGAGGGAGUAAAAGAAAAUAAUAAUACACAAUUUCAUAACGGAGUUCGGCCAAUCUUGCCUACGUCUCCGGAUUGCCACAGAUCUUUUAUAGGAGAAAAAUAAGUAAAGUGCUUACAUACACUCACAGCCCUCUAUCUAAAAAUACCUGCAAAAUUAGUCUUAAUUUUUCUUUUUGGAUAAUCUCUCUAUUUCUCUCUCUCACAAUUGCUCUCACUCUCUUAUUUGCUAAUAUGCGCACUAUGUUGCUCUUCUCGUUAAUGUAAGUAGAUGCAAAUCCUCUCCUCUAUUCAUAGGAGAGAAAACGCGUGAAUGAGCGGUGCAAGUUGGCCACCAAUUUCAAUUUGCACAUGUUUGUUUUAUUUUU